CGUCAGUAUAUUCGGCUAGAAUUUGCAUACCCUUACGCACAUCUCUGCCCUAAUAACUAGAGAGAUGCUUUGAGCAGUCAACACUAAUCUCAACAGUCGGGAGCUGCUGACCAACCAAGCCGUCGUAGCCAAUCUGGAGUGUAGAGUGACUGUAAGCUGGCCUGCCCCCAUAUCGAAGAUCUGCUUGGUCGGCCGACUAACUUCAUCGGGUUGCAGGCUAACUCACUGUCUCUAAUAUUUUAACACACGCCUUCAGUCGUUGACAAGUUCAACUCCAUCCAUCUCCACCACACCUUCAAGCCACAACCAAACGACAACCCAAAAUGUCCAACACCGACAAUACCAACAGCUCGCGCCCGCCGCCUGACGGCACCCCUCCCAGUACUAGCCCUGUCCUUUUACUGCACUCUGCUGAUGGUUGUAACGACUUCAAGCUAGACAGUGUCAUCGUCGCAGGCUCGAAGACUGGCACUCAAGCCGUCAUGGCUCGCAGACGCGGCCAGGACAACCAACCUCGCUCGACUCGCAACCGUGGCGAAAUCGACCAAGCUUGCUCCGACUACAUCCUCGGCAAUGCCACUGACGAUCAUCGGGACCUCCCUGUUGCGAGCGACGUCCGCCCGAAGCCCAAGGUGACAGACGUCGGUAAAUCAUUUGCUUACAAGGACUGCGUGCCAGCCAAGCAGAUGGAACGUGAGUCGUGGAUCCGCCGCGCUAUGGUAGCCUGGGGCUUUGAUCCCGCUGACUUUUCUGGAUUUCUGGAAUUCGUGGGCGGGAUGGCGCCGUGGGAGGAGGUCGAAAGCCGUUACGGAGCUGGCCCACAGCACAGGGUACACGUAAAGUUCGCCGACCGAGGAGUACCCAAGCAUCCACACGACUGGCCUGUCGGCUUCUCUUCAACGCUUGCAAAGUACGCUGACUAGCUAUAAUCGCAACUACGGUCGAAACCUACUAGCCUUAGAGCGCGGUGAGCGCCACCGCGGGAACUCAAGGAUACGCGGCAUACAUGAGUUGCUCGUAUCGGAUAUCAACAAUGCCAUGAAUAGGAUCGGUGAGGCGAUCAGUGGUGGCGAGCAUGUGUCCAGUUCGAAGCCUGAUUCAACACCUCUGCCAUCUGAGGACCCGACUUUGAAGCCUCUCGGUUCCAAGACAUCUUCUA